CACAAUGGACCUCUCCGCCGCUCGCCUCAGCCGCCGCUGGUGCUGCCUCGCCGCCGCCGUCCUCUUCCUGUGCGCGCCCUUCUGCAAGCCAGAUGGUGACGUGCCGGUGCCGAUCGACCCCUUGCCGGGCUUGCCGUGGAGGUCCCUGCGGUGCUUCGACGACGGCCAGGUGUACAGCUGCUGCGAGGGCGCGUACAGGCUGAACCCGUCGGGGAUAAUAGCCGUGCCGCCGGGGGAGGUGGACGACUACUGCGGCGGCGCGUGCGUGGUGGAGACGGAGGACGUGCUCAACUGCGUGGCGAGCGCGCUGGACGGCUUCCGCUUCUACAACGGCGCCUCCGUGGAGGACGCGCGCUACGCGCUCAGGCGGGGAUGCAGCCACACCGUCAAGAGAGGGGACUUCAACGACUUGGAGCCGCAGGUAGGCGACUACCCGGACAUUUAUGGCGACUACAGCAGCGACGGUGGCAAGGCCAACGCCGCUUCUCCACGUUUGCUCGCGUUUCUCGGCGCCGCCGCCACCGCCUGGCUGCUGAUCUGAGGAGACACCGGUGGAUUGCACCAGCGACCUCAAUUCCUCAAAGGCGACGCUGCCAUGGUUCUUAUGUUUGGUUCUCUACCCUAUCAAUUCUUUGUUAGCGCCAAAAUCUAAACAUUUUUGCCAUUAACAAUUUAUUGGUAGGGUGAAUACUGCUAGCUAUUUGGCUUCAAACCAAACCGUCAUAUAUGUACUAUUCAAACUACCAAAAAACUAAGAGGACACUUU